GACAAGUCAAAAGACUGGUCAAUGGUCAUUGCUUGAAAGUCAUAUUCAACGGGAAAAUAAUUAAAUUUUUAUUGUAUUAUAUCGUCAUAUUAUAUUCAUAAUACAGUUUUAUUUCUGUAUUGCGUUUAAAGUAUUAUAGAUAAUUGUGUUUUAUUUAUUUUAUAGCAAUUUGGCGUCAUAAAAUCCCUUAGUCUCCCCAAUGGUACUUACGUAUUAAUUUUUAUCGUCAUGAUGAAGUGAAUAAACUCUUUUGUUUUGGUCUUCUUCCAGCUGGAAAAACAGUUGUUAACAAGGAAACAAUAUGGAGACUGACGAGGAGGUGGACCGGGGCAACCUGCUGGACGACAUGCCACCCAUUAACUGUGACACCACGCUAGAUGACAACGUCACUGCAGGACACAACGACAUUGGCGACAUGACAUUUUGUUUGAGCAACUAUGUUCCGGACUUUAUGAAGAUGCUGUUCACGAUGAGGUCCCAUCACAUGCUGACAGAUGUAGUACUGGAAGUUGGAAAUGAGCUCUUUCACGUUCACAAAGUUGUCCUCGCUGCGGGAAGCCCCUACUUUAAGGCAAUGUUCACAAGCGGGCUGAAGGAGAGCGAAAUGUCCAGAGUACGCCUGCAAGGAGUGUGCCCAUCCGCAAUGGCGUGGCUGGUGUACUUCAUGUACACGGGCAAGGUCCGUAUCACAGAGGUCACAGUUUGCCAGCUGUUGCCCGCUGCCACUAUGUUCCAGAUCACGAACGUGAUAGAGGCGUGUUGUGCGUUCCUUGAGCGACAACUGGAUCCGUCCAACGCCAUCGGCAUCGCCAACUUCUCAGAGCAGCACGGCUGCGUCAAACUAAAGCAGAAAGCGAAUCAGUUCAUCGAGAGGCAUUUUACUGAGGUGUGUCGAGAGGAGGAGUUCUUACAACUAACGGCUCCAGAACUCAUAUCUCUCAUACGAAAAGAUGAACUUAACGUAAGGGAAGAAAGGGAGGUUUACAAUGCAGUAUUGAGUUGGGUGAAGUAUGACGAGGACCGUCGCUAUCCUCGCAUGGAGCACAUUCUACAAGCGGUGCGGUGUCAGUAUUUAACCCCGAGCUUUCUCAAAGAGCAAAUGAACUCUUGCACGGUGCUAAAAAAAGUUCCUGCGUGCAGGGAAUACCUUGCCAAAAUAUUUAAGGAUCUGACAUUACAUAAGAAGCCUGUAGUUAAGGAGAGGAGGCCGAACACUCCGCGAAUAAUUUACGUGGCCGGGGGUUACUUUAGGCAUUCUAUCGACGUAUUUGAAGCUUUCAACCUGGACGACAACUGUUGGACGACGUUACCGAGGCUCACUGUGCCACGGUCGGGACUUGGUGCUGCUUUUCUUAAGGGUCUGUUCUACGCGGUGGGCGGGCGCAACACGUCGCCGGGCUCGUCGUACGACAGCGACUGGGUGGACGUGUACAACCCCGCCACCGAGCACUGGCGCCCCUGCAGCCCCAUGGCCACGCCCAGGCACAGGGUAGGUGUUGCAGUAAUGGACGGUUUAUUGUAUGCAGUUGGUGGAUCUGCAGGGUCGGAGUAUCAUAAAUCAGUUGAGUGCUACGACCCGGAGACGGACUCGUGGGCGCAGGUGGCGGCGAUGGGCAGCGCGCGGCUGGGCGUGGGCGUGGCCGUGGUCAACCGGCUGCUGUACGCCGCGGGCGGCUUCGACGGCGCGCGCCGCGUGCGCUCCGCCGAGUGCUACCACCCCGAGAACAACUGCUGGACCCGCGUCGCCGACAUGCACCAAGCGCGCAGCGGAGCCGGUGUGGCGGCUCUAAAUCAGUAUAUCUACGUGGUGGGUGGGUACGACGGAUCACAGCAGCUGUCCUCGGUGGAGCGAUAUGAUACGGAGCGUGACACGUGGGAAGUGGUCGCGCCCGUGCAAGUCGCUCGUUCUGCACUUUCACUCACCGUGCUCGACAACAAACUCUACGCAAUGGGUGGUUACGAUGGAACAUCAUUCCUGGACAUAGUAGAAGUGUACGACCCGACCACGGAUACAUGGAAGACCGGUACUCCUCUAACGUCCGUACGUUCGGGGCACGCCUCGGCUGUAUGCUACCAGCAUGUUACUCCGCAUGCAGAGUCCAGCGAGCCAGAACCCACAAUUAUAAAAAAACUGGGCAAGCGAUCCACUGGAGUCAAUCCCAGUACAUCGAGUUCUACUUCCCGAAAUGAUGAUAUACCAAUGGCGAACAAUAUUAUAGGAACGUUAUCGAGUAAUAACAGAUGUUGCUUAUAGCAUUGCGAUUGUUAUAUAUAGUUUGUUAUGAACAAGUGAAAUUGAAAAAUAUAUUUAAAUGUUUAAAUUAACAUGUUUAUAUUGUUCUUUCAGACUGUUUGUAUGUACCAAUUAAGUGUUGUUAUAUGUGUACAGUUGAAAUAAGUUAAAGUUUGCAUAAGUUUAAUUCCUUUUAACUAUAAGUCUUCAAAAUGAUAAUUCCAUGAAAUAAUUUAUUAAAGGCCUUAGAUAUGCAAAAUUAUUUUCUAUAUUAUAAACGGAUUAGCUUAAAAAAUUGACACUGCAUUUAAAAUAUGCUACUGUUAUUGAUAAUUCUUCAACGAAGAAAGACUAAUCUACAAAAUGGAUACCAAAGGGACUACUCCACAUUAAUUGUUGUGUGGUUGAUUCAGUCAUAUUCUCCUGCAUCGUAUAUUCCCUCGUAGCUUAAAAGUAUACUAAGCAUUUCUGUACCAAUAUGAGUUGUCUAGAAGUUUUUAUACUAAAUAUUGUUCAAAAAAGUUAUCGUGACCUUGAACAAAGGAAAACCUCAGUUGAGUGAUGCAGAUGGUUCAGAAUCGUCAAUGUGGCAAUGGGAAGGCCAAGUACAGAAGUGGACUUGUGGAUGGGCUAUAUGGCUAAUUUAAAAGGAGAGACAACUUUGUGAAUAAGGUGCUAUUCCUUUGAAAAUGUAUAUAUAUAUAUAUUUCCAGUCACACUCCAUUUACGUUAUGUUACUUAGUGUUAUAAGAAAGUGUAAAAAAAAACUCGAAUUUUAGUAAUUGCAAUGAACUGCCAAUUUUCAUCAAAAUAGUAGACAAUUAUUUUAUUAUUAUAUAAAUAUUUAAAUGUGUAGAAAAUAUUAUAAUUGUACAUAUAGUUUAGGAAUAUUUAUUAACAAAAUAAAGACUGUUAUGGGUAC